UCCGGGAGCCGGCGAUAAGACGGCAGCAGGCUAACGACCAAAAAACGCAGAAGGGGAUUUAAAAACGGAAAAAGUGUACCAAGUGCUCGCCGGUCUCUGGUGACUGCGCCCCAGGUCCUGGUCGCAAAGUUUUUUUUUAACAAAGUGAAAAUUUAAUACAGGCGAACUUUGAUCUAAGGCGCACUUCGUAAGUAAAGAGUGCCUACAAAGGUCGUGUAUUAGCUAGAUGCACGGUGAAUUAAGGGAGACAGACCUGGUACUACCCAUCAGAGGCAGAAUCUAAGAAGGCUGUGGUCUUUGUGAUUCGCAAAAUGAACUUCCUCUUGGAGACGCUACAGGUUAUGAUCCUUUCGGUAUAUUACAACGUGGAAGGUCUUUUGAGACUGUUCAUCCCGGCGAGGAAGAAGAAUGUGACCGGAGAGAUCGUGUUGAUCACUGGUGCGGGCAGCGGGAUCGGGCGGCUCAUGGCCCUGGAGUUUGCGGGUCUGGGGGUCACCUUGGUCCUGUGGGACAUCAAUCAGGAAGGCAAUAAGGACACCGCGUGUCUUGCGAGAGAGAAGGGAGCCGUCAGAGUGCAUACAUACCUGUGUGACUGCAGCGACAAGACCGAAGUAUACAGAGUUGCUGAUCAGGUCAAAAGGGAGGUUGGUGAUGUCAGUAUUCUCGUAAACAAUGCUGGCAUCGUGACGGGGAAGAAAUUCAUGGACGCACCAGAUUCUCUCAUUGAGAAAACGAUAGAAGUGAACGCCAUGUCCCACUUUUGGACGUAUAAAGCCUUCCUCCCGGCCAUGAUGGCGAACAACCACGGUCACCUGGUCAGCAUCGCCAGCUCAGCGGGGCUGAUUGGUGUAAAUGGUCUGGCAGACUAUUGCGCCAGCAAGUUCGCUGCCAUCGGCUUUGCAGAGUCUGUGGCCCUCGAGCUGCUGUCUACAGGGAAGGACGGGGUGAAGACCACCAUCGUCUGCCCCUAUUUCAUAAACACGGGCAUGUUUGAUGGCUGCAACACCAAAUGGCCCCGCAUGCUCCCCAUCUUGGACCCACACUACGUGGCAAAGAGGAUCGUGAACGCCGUGCUGACCGAGCAGGCCUACCUCCUCAUGCCUCGCAGCCUGUAUGUGCUGAUGGCCCUGAAGAACAUCCUGCCGGUGAAGAUGGCGGUUCUCCUGGGAGUGUACAUCGGUGCCUUUAACUUCAUGGAUGCUUUCAAAGGCCGUGGAAAGAAACAGCAGUAAACCUGUGGUGAAGACGUGCCGUGGGAAUCAAGGACUAUCCAGGCAGUCCACAAAUCACUCGCAGCUGGGAUGUUUGGGUUUUUUUAAAAUCUAAAUUUUAAAACAGUUUGCGUGCCUAAUUUUAUUAUGUAGCCCUUUGUAGGUCACAAAAAUCUACCUCUGGAAUUCAUAGUUAAAAAAAAAGAUAAAGGUAAAAUGAACAAAUAUA